AUGGAAGACCAUGUUCACCACCCUUCGUCAAACGACGUUGUCGUCAACGUCAUCUGUGACUCUGCUCCCGACGGUCGUUGCCUUCAUCCGACCCUUCAUCCGACCAACCAUGCAUUCUCCCCUCAGCAACAACAACAACAUCAGGAUGGGAAUGAGAGAAGGGACAGUUUGAUUCUUGCGUACAAGACUCUUGGCGUGGUUUUUGGAGGACUUGUGACUUCACCCCUCUACGUUUACCCUUCAAUGCCACUCAAGUCUCCAACGGAAGAUGACUAUUUGGGCAUUUACAGCAUCAUGUUUUGGACUCUUACUCUCAUAGGGGUUGUCAAGUACGCCAAUGUAGCCAUUAGAGCUGAUGACCAUGGCGAAGGUGGGACUUUUGCCUUGUAUUCAUUGCUUUGUAGGCAUGUCAAUAUUGGGAUCCUGCCCUCCAAGCAUGGUUAUUUGAACACAACUAAGGACGUUCAGAGCAAUACUUUGCUUGCCAGGUUCUUCCAAACAAGCGUAGUUGCUCGGAGGCUCUUGCUCUUCGUCGCUAUGUUGGGUACUUGCAUGCUCAUUGGUGAUGGUAUACUUACGCCGGCAAUUUCAGUGUUGUCAGCUAUGGAUGGACUUAGAGCACCUUUUCCUUCGGUUAGCAAAUUGCUAGUGGAAGCACUCUCUGCAGUAGUUUUGAUCGUGUUGUUCUUGUUGCAAAAGUUCGGUACAUCCCGUGUUAGUUUUCUCUUUUCCCCAAUAAUGGCCACAUGGACCCUGAGUACCCCACUUGUAGGAAUUUACAGCAUCAUACACCACUAUCCUAGCAUAUUUAAGGCUUUAUCUCCGCACUAUAUAUUCCAUUUCUUUUGGAGAAAUGGAAAAUCUGGAUGGCUUUUACUUGGUGGUACUGUCCUUUGCAUAACAGGUUCUGAGGCAAUGUUUGCUGAUCUUGGUCAUUUCAAUCAGAAGUCCAUUCAGAUAGCUUUUCUAUUCACAAUCUACCCAUCUUUAGUUCUGACUUACGCGGGACAGACAGCUUACCUGAUCAAGCAUCCCAAUGAUCACGAUGAUGGUUUUUACAAAUUUAUACCUACUUCAGUCUACUGGCCUAUCUUUGUCAUUGCCACUUCUGCUGCAGUUGUUGCUAGCCAAUCAUUAAUAUCAGCCACCUUUUCUGUAAUCAAGCAAUCUGUAGUGCUGGAUUAUUUUCCUCGAGUAAAGGUUGUCCAUACAUCUAAAGAUAAAGAAGGAGAGGUUUACUCCCCUGAAGUGAACUACAUCUUGAUGGUCCUAUGCGUGGCUGUGAUACUUAUUUUUGGAGAUGGAAAAGACAUUGGAAAUGCUUUUGGUGUUGUUGUGAGCCUAGUUAUGCUUAUCACCACUCUAUUGCUUACACUAGUCAUGAUCAUGAUAUGGAGGACUCCUGCUGUGCUGGUUGCCCUCUACUUCGUUGUAUUUUUUGUGAUGGAAGGAGUUUAUGUUAGUGCAGUUUUCACCAAAUUUGCUGAAGGUGGAUGGAUUCCUUUUGCCAUAUCCUUUAUCCUUGCUUUCAUCAUGUUUGGUUGGUUUUAUGGUAGACAAAGAAAGACUGAUUUCGAAUUAACCCACAAGAUAACCUUUGAGAGACUUGAAGAGCUUUUAGCUGAGCGCUGUGUUCAAAGGGUUCCUGGGCUAUGCUUCUUUUAUACCAAGAUUCAAGACGGGCUGACUCCUAUUCUUGGACACUACAUAAAGAACAUGAAAUCACUUCAUAAGGUCACAGUAUUCACUACUCUUAGAUAUUUGUUAGUUCCCAAGGUUGCUCCACAUGAGAGGAUUGUGAUCAAGGAGUCAAAUCUCAGAGGGGUAUAUUGCUGUGUGAUACAGUAUGGCUAUGCAGAUGCUCUAAAUUUAGAAGAUCAUUUUGUUGAUCAAGUCAUUAGUAGUUUGGCACAACAUAUACAGAAGCAUCAGUCUCCCGAGAAUCUUUCAUCUGAUUUUCAAGAGAUUGAAGAGACUUUGAACCUAGAAGAAGCAAGGCAUGCGGGGGUAGUUCAUGUUCGUGGAAAGACCAGAUUUUACAUUGGCCUGAACUGUGGCUGGUUUGAUAAAAUUGUGCUUAGUUUUUAUGAAGUCAUGCACAGCAACUGUAGAUCUGGCUUGCCGGCUCUCGGGAUUCCACCACAGCAACGGAUUGAAGUUGGAAUGCUAUACGAGGCUUGA